UCUUUCUCUCAGUGUGGUAGUGUAGAAAAAUGGCAGAGGGAUCUCUUUUAGUAGAUAAGCUGUCAGUGGAUCACUUCAUUUGUCCAGUGUGUCUGGAUGUCCUGACAGAACCAGUGACUAUUUCCUGUGGUCACAGUUUCUGUAAGGUGUGUAUUAAUGGCUGCUGGGAUCAGGAGGAUGUGAAGGGUGUCUACAGCUGUCCUCAGUGUAGAGAGACUUUUACCCCAAGGCCUGUUCUACAUAGGAACAACAUUCUGGCUGAAGUGGUGGAGAAACUGAAAAAGACUGAACUCCAGCCUGCUUCUCCUGCUCACUGCUACGCUGGACCUGGAGAUGUGGAGUGUGAUUUCUGCACCGGGAGAAAACGCAAAGCCGUCAAGUCCUGUCUGGUGUGUCUGGCCUCCUAUUGUGAAGAUCAUGUUAAACCUCACUAUCAGUCUCCUGCCUUUAAGAAGCACAAGUUAGUGGAAGCCUGUGCAGAUCUCCAAGAGAAGAUCUGCUCUCAGCACGACAAACUGAUUGAGAUCUACUGUCGUACUGACCAAAGCUUCAUCUGCUUUUCAUGUACAAUGGAUAAACAUAAAGAUCAUGAUACAGUUUUAGCAGAAGUAGAAAGAACUGAAAAAGAGAAAGAGCUGGAGAAAAAGCAAAGGGAAUUUGAGCGGAGGAUAAAGAAGAAAAGAGAAAGUGUGCAGGACCCGAAACGAUCCAUGGACUUCAUAAAGAUGCAUUCACAGGCAGCAGUAGAUGACAAUGAGAGGAUCUUUACUGAGCUGAUCAGCCUUAUGGAGAAAAAGCGCUCGGAGGUGACAAAGAAGAUCAGAGAUCAGGAGAAAGCUAAACUGAGUCGAGCUGAACGACUCCUGAAGCAACUGGAGCAGGAGAUUGCUGAUCUAAAGAGGAGAGUCACUGAGAUGAAGCCGCUUUCACACACACACGAUCACAUCCACUUCCUCCAGAGUUUCCCGUCUCUCUGUGUUUCUCCUGGAUGUGAGGACUCACACCGCUUCUUCGUCAAUAAAAAAUUCUCAUUUGAUGGAGUGCAGCAAUCUCUUUCAAAUCUUAGAACACAAGUUGAGGAAAUCUUUGAGGUGGAGUUCAACAAAAUUAAUAAAUGCGAUUUCAACACAGCACAUGAUCAGCUCAUUCUGUCUGAGAGGAGCGGAGCAGUGACACGCGCUGCAGUAGUUCAAAAGGGUUUACCCUCAGAACCAAAACAAAGAGAAGAUUUUCUGAAGUAUUUUCGUUAUCUGACUCUGGAUCCCAACACAGCACACGAUCAGCUCAUUCUGUCUGAGAGGAGCAGAGCAGUGACACGCAGUAGGGAAGCACAUCAAUACAGUCAGCAUCCAGAGAGAUUUGACUCCUGGCCUCAGGUGUUGUGUCGAGAGAGUGUGUGUGGACGCUGUUACUGGGAGGUAGAGUGUAAGGGUAUGGGUGUGGACGUAUCAGUCUCAUAUAAAGAGAUCAGGAGGAAAGGAGAGGGUGACGAGGGUGUGUUUGGAGGCAACAGUCAUUCCUGGAAUCUGCAGUGUUAUCGUACAUCUGUAUCUUUCUGGCACAACAACACUGAAAUAAAACUCCAAUGUCCAUCACCAUCCAGAAUAGGAGUGUAUGUGGAUCACAGUGCAGGAACUCUGUGCUUUUACAGCGUCUCUGACACGAUGAGUCUACUCCACAGUGUCCACACCACAUUCACUCAGCCUCUGUACGCUGGGUUCAGGAUAUGUUAUUUUUACUCAAAUAUAAAUUUAUGUGAUCCAGAAUUAAAUGUCGACGAUAGUGACGAUUCAUCUUUUAUGUAAAUGAAGAUGACUUAAACUUAGAUUUAACCUGUUAAAUUUCACCCCUUUAAUUUUUUUUGAUCCAGUAAUAGUAUAACCAAAGUAAAAAGAGCACAGUUCCCACAUUUUUUGCAUUACAUUCAUCAUCAUGGUCUCAUUUGAAAUAAUAAUUGUAUGAAUUACUGACACAGAGUAACAGAGGCUAAAAUUAAGGAUUUUAUUUCUGCCUCACUCAUACACCUCUGAACUGGUCAUA